UCCUCUUCACCUGGUUACUACUUUCUUCAUCGCCAUGGGCGCCGACGAAUUGGUGCCGUCUCACAUGUCGCACAGGGCUCCCACAGCAGGCCCUACCAUGGAGAAGAAAUCCGAAAUCGACAAGAAGAAGCGUGGCGUCGUCUCCGAUAAGAAGCAGCAAAACCCUAGAGCGUUUGCUGAUAAGUCAGCUGUUAAGGCGAAGCGUGAGAAGAUGCGCGAUGUGGAGAAGGAACAGAGACGAAUUCAUCUUCCUACCAUUGAUCGUAAUUACGGCGAUCCUCCUCCUUUCGUCGUCGUUGUUCAAGGUCCCCCAGGGGUCGGAAAGUCUCUCGUGAUUAAGUCUCUUGUUAAGCAUUUUACGCACCAGAAUGUGCCCGAGGUUCGAGGUCCUAUUACCAUUGUACAAGGUAAGAAGAAUCGGAUACAAUUUGUGGAGUGCCCUAAUGAUAUCAAUGGGAUGAUGGAUUGUGCCAAGGUUGCUGAUCUAGCUAUUCUUCUCAUAGACGGGAGUUAUGGUUUUGAGAUGGAAACCUUUGAGUUCCUCAAUAUUAUGCAAGUGCAUGGAUUUCCCAAAGUUAUGGGAGUCCUCACUCACCUGGAUAAGUUCAACGAUGUAAAGAAGCUGAGGAAAACAAAAAAACGUCUCAAGCAUCGUUUCUGGACCGAAAUAUAUGACGGAGCUAAACUGUUCUAUCUAUCUGGUCUCAUUCAUGGGAAGUAUUUAGAACUUGAAGUUCACAACCUCUCCCGCUUUAUAUCUACAUAUCUAACCAAGUUUCAUCCAUUGACAUGGCGGACGUCACAUCCUUAUGUGUUGGCUGAUCGUCUGGAAGAUGUCACCCCUCCCGAGAAAGUUCAGAUGGAUAAGAAAUGCGAUAGAAAUAUCACGCUGUAUGGUUACCUACGUGGCUGUAACUUGAAAAAAGGGAUGAAGGUUCAUAUUGCUGGAGUUGGUGACUAUAGUUUAGCUGGGGUGACUGUCUUACCUGACCCUUGUCCUUUACCCUCUUCUGCCAAGAAGAAGGGGCUACGGGACAGAGAAAAGCUUUUCUAUGCUCCUAUGUCCGGGAUUGGAGAUCUUUUGUAUGACAAAGAUGCUGUUUACAUCAACAUAAAUGAUCAUCUUGUUCAGUACUCUAAAACCGAUAAUGAAAAUGGAGAAUCUACUAAUAAAGGAAAGGGCAGGGAUGUUGGUGAAGAUUUGGUAAAGUCGUUGCAGAAGACAAAAUAUUCUGUUGAUGAGAAAUUAGGGAAGACGUCCAUCAAUUUAUUUGGCAAAAAGACUAGUACUGCCAGCUCAGAAAGAAAACUUGAGGAAGAGUCAUCAGAGGAGUACUCUCACUCUGCUGAAGAUGAUAAUGAGAUGGAUGCAGAGAGCAGUGGCUGUAAAAUGAAGCAGAAAACUGAGAUCCAUGAUGGACGGUUGAGGAGAAAAGCUAUCUUUAAGGAUGAAGUUGGUGAGAGUGAUGCAAUGGGCUCAGAUGAAGAUGGUGUUGAGGAAACAGAAGAUGUGGAGUCUGGUGGAGAUGAAGCUGAGGAUGAAGCUGAAGAUGACUCUGCUUCUGAUUCACAGGACUUAGAUGAAGAUGAUUUCCUUGGUAACAUAUCAAAAUGGAAAGAACCCUUAAAGGAGAAGGGCAGAAAGAAAAACCCCAACUUGAUGCAAAUUGUUUAUGGUGCAACGAGAUCAUCAGCUACUACUGCCUUGACAAAUGAAACCAAUGCAACUAGUGAUGAUGAUGAUGAUGAAGACUUCUUUAAGCCAAAAGGAGAAGGAAACAAGAGCUCAGGUAGUGGAUGCGAUGUGGGAUAUGUCAACGCAGAUGACUGUUCCAGAUUUGUAAACUAUGGAAACCUGAAGAACUGGAAAGAGAAGGAAGACUGUGAGAUCAUUCGUGAUCGAUUCACCACUGGUGAUUGGUCAAAAGCUGCUCUGAGAAAUCAAAACUCAGUCGCUGGCGAUGAAGGAGAAGAUGAUGAACUUUAUGGUGAUUUUGAGGAUCUAGAGGAGGCAGGAGAGAAGCAUAAUAAUAUCGAUGACAAGAUGGAGCAUGGUAAAAAUCAAAACGAAGGUGAUGAGCAUAGGCUUAAAAAGCUGGCUCUCCGAGCAAAGUUUGAUGCGAACAAUCCCCAUUACAGUGAAGCCAAGGAACUCGGCUACGUAGAUAAAUUGAAGGAGGAGCUUGAAACUAGAAAACAGAUGAACAUGUUAGAACUCAAUAAUCUUGACGAGGAUACUCGAGUCGAGAUAGAAGGCUUCCGGACUGGAACAUACUUGCGGCUGGAGAUUCACAAUGUUCCUUAUGAGAUGGUUGAUUUCUUUGAUCCGUGUCAUCCAGUUCUUGUUGGAGGUAUUGGUUACGGCGAGGAUAAUGCUGGAUACAUGCAGGCACGGUUGAAGAAACAUAGGUGGCACAAGAAAGUGCUGAAAACAAGAGAUCCCAUUAUUGUGUCUAUCGGAUGGAGACGCUAUCAGACUAUUCCUGUAUACGCCAUUGAAGAUCGCAAUGAUAGACAUCGAAUGCUCAAGUAUACUCCAGAACACAUGCACUGCCUUGCUACGUUCUGGGGCCCUCUUGUCCCACCCAACACUGGCUUUGUGGCUUUCCAAAACCUGUCAAGCAAUCAGGCAGGGUUUAGGAUAACAGCGACUUCUGUAGUACUCGAGUAUAAUCACCAAGCCCGCAUUGCAAAGAAAAUCAAGCUGGUUGGACACCCAUGCAAGAUCCAGAAAAAAACUGCAUUUAUCAAAGACAUGUUCACUUCUGACCUCGAAAUAGCUAGAUUUGAAGGUUCAUCUGUCCGGACAGUUAGUGGCAUUAGAGGACAAGUGAAAAAGGCUGGAAAAAACAUGCUAGAUAACAACAAUGCACAAGAAGGGAUCGCGAGGUGUACAUUUGAAGAUCAAAUAAAAAUGAGCGACAUUGUCUUCUUAAAGGCUUGGCCGACGGUGGAAGUUCCACAGUUUUACAAUCCUCUAACUACAGCCUUGCAGCCUCGGGCGAAGACGUGGACAGGGAUGAGAACGUUUAGGGAGCUUCGUAGUGAGCAUAGUAUUCCUAUUCCGGUGAAUAAGGAUUCACUCUACAAGCCAAUUGAAAGGAAGACAAAGAAGUUCAAUCCAUUGGUGAUAUCAAAGAAACUACAAGCAGAGUUACCGUUUGCUUCCAAACCCAAAAAUAAACCAGGGAGAAGAAGACCAUCACUAGAUGGUAGAAGAGCUGUUGUAAUGGAGCCGGGAGAACGAAAAGGUUUUGCUAUCGUCCAGCAGUUGAAGCUGAUGAAUAAAGUCAAGAUGAAUAAGAGAAAAGCAAAGGUGCAGGAGAAGAGGAAAGCGUAUGAGGCAGAGAAAGCUAAGGAGGAGGUAAUAUCUAAGAAACGGAACAGAGAGGAGAGACGUGAGAGGUAUCGUAGUGAAGAUAAACAGAAGAAGAAGAAGAUCAGACGAAACCAAGACUAAUACAAGUUUUUGAUUUUGGUAAGAUAACCACCACCAGGUCUAAAGGUUUGUUUUGCUAAAACGAAGAUUACUGCAUUUAUUUAGCAAAAAAAAAAGAUUACUGCAUUUUUCUGAUCUCAAAGAUUCACACUAGGGUUGCUUGCUUCAGCCUAUCA